GCCGAGGGAGCCGAGCGCCCCAGCGAGCGGGCGAGCGCCAUGCGCCGCGCCAGCCGCGACUACACCAAGUACCUGCGCGGCGCGGAGGAGAUGGGCGGCGGGGGCCCCGGCGCCCCGCACGAGGGUCCCCUGCACGUCCCGCCGCCCACCGCGUCGGCUCCGCAGCCCACGGCCUCCCGCUCCGUGUUUGUGGCCCUCCUGGGGCUGGGGCUUGGCCAGGUCGUCUGCAGCGUGGCUCUGUUCUUGUACUUUCGAGCGCAGAUGGAUCCUAAUAGAAUAUCAGAAGACAGCACUCGCUGCAUUUAUAGAAUUUUGAGACUCCAUGAAAAUGCAGAUUUGCAAGACGCAGCUCUGGAGAGUGAAGACACGAAGUUAAUACCUGACUCUUGUAGGAGAAUUAAACAGGCCUUUCAAGGAGCUGUGCAAAGGGAAUUACAAUACAUUGUUGGGUCACAACACAUCAGAGCAGAAAAAGCCACCGUGGAAGGUUCAUGGUUUGAUCUGGCCAAGAGAGGCAAGCUGGAAAUGCAACCUUUUGCUCAUCUCACUAUUAAUGCCACCAACAUCCCAUCAGGUUCCCAUAAAGUAAGUUUGUCCUCUUGGUACCAUGACCGAGGUUGGGCCAAGAUCUCCAAUAUGACUUUGAACAAUGGAAAACUAAUGGUGAAUCAAGAUGGCUUUUAUUACCUGUAUGCCAACAUUUGCUUUCGACACCAUGAAACGUCAGGAGGCCUAGCUACAAAGUAUCUUCAGCUGAUGGUGUAUGUCACGAAAACCAGCGUCAAAAUCCCGAGUUCUCAUACUCUGAUGAAAGGGGGAAGCACUAAAUACUGGUCAGGGGAUUCUGAAUUCCAUUUUUAUUCCAUAAACGUUGGGGGAUUUUUUAAACUACGAUCUGGUGAAGAAAUAAGCAUUGAGGUAUCCAAUCCUUCUCUGCUUGACCCAGAUCAAGAUGCGACGUACUUUGGGGCUUUCAAAGUUCGCGACAUAGACUGAGACUCAUUCUGUGGAGCUUUGCCAUGUAUCUCCCAGUUGUCUGGAAAUCUUGCUUUAGACAAAUCACGAAAGAUGUAUAUAGGUGUUUAAGACUACUAAGAGGCAUGGCCCACUGUGGUGCAAAAUUCAU